UCCUGUCCCUCCCUUCUCAUCUCAGUCUGAGCUCAAAUCAAAAUGGCACACUUUAUCCUCUUUAUUCUUAUAAGUACACUUUUCUACAAAGUAAAUUGCCUAACCUGCUAUCAGUGCAUUCCUGAGACGUCAACUAAAUGCGUUGAGACUAAAGUAGAGUGUCCUGUCGGUCAGUGUGGGACCAUGAAAACCACAACUUAUACAGGAAACAACCAAUUGGCUGACAUGAUUAUGAAGAACUGCUCCGUACCCCAACAAUGCGUGACUGCAUCUGUAAACGUUGGAAUUACAAAAAUAGUUAUGAACAAUGAGUGCUGCGGCACUGACCUGUGCAAUAAUAACCAAAGUCAACCAGGAUCACCCACUCGGCUCCCAAAUGGAAUAGAUUGCUACACCUGCAAUGGAGAAGACUGCUCAUCAACUUUACCUUGUGUUGACGAUGAAGAGUAUUGUAUCAAGGCAACAGUCAAUAAUGAUGGACAGAAGAUAAUAAUGAGAGGAUGUGCAACCAGAAGUUUCUGUAAUGGUGACCUGUCCACCAAGAUCAGCCAGACCAGCACAUCAUCAGUGGACCUGUCCUGCUGCAAAGGACUUCUCUGUAACAGCGCACACACCACCACCGCCUUGUUUCAGCUGGGGCUUCUGAUGUAUGCCAUCGUACUGAUGUCAUUCUGAGCACAGCUCUCGUCAUGAUGCUCCGUGAGGCUUCAAUUCUAAUAAAUAAAUAAAAUCCAACCAACAUUUUUAUGUGUUGGUUGUACUGAUCAGUUACAAUUGCUAACACAAAUAUACUGUAUUGUGUAUAUACUGAAAUUUUCAUUUAGACAUUCAUUUAUUUCAUUUUAGGCUUUUUUAUAUGUAUAAUUAACACAGCUUUGGUGAGAACCUGUUCUUCAGAAACUGGUGUGUAACAGUAUUUGUUUGCUGAUAUUUUGCUUUUAAGAGGGUGUAGAUUUUCUAAAUGGAAUCCAGUUUCAGUACACUAAUAUAUUGUUACACAAAUC